CAGGUGUCUCGACGCGGAAGAUAUCUGAAGCGGCGACUCAGGAGAAUGCGCAAAAUGGGAACUAUCUUGCAGGCCCCACGGUCGGACUGGCGCUGCCACUGGCAGCGAGCUUAUAACGACCGUGGUGUCCAUCUUCAGGGGAUGGGAUUGAGAUUUCUGGUCUAGGUAGGUAGGUCAUAGUCGUCCUUCGUCUCCGUCUUCGAGUCUCCCAGUCUUCGACAAAAGAAUGGGCAUCUCAGCAAUGGACCUGAAACGAUUGGCCAGCCGGGACCUCCUCUCGCAAGACAACGAUCCCAACAUCGGUAGUGCGCGGGGAACGUCAACAGAUGCCUUCACGUCGACGCUAACGGUGAAUUCACUUAUUUUUGUGGGGAUCACGGCGCUGUUCUUUGUGCUGCGGCGGUACAACCGGCGUGUCUAUGCUCCGUUGACUUGUGUCCCCGGCAUCGAGUCCUGGAGACAGCUCAAGUACUCCGACAAAUCGAAGCAUGGCGUCGUCGAUGUCGUCGAGGGACUGGAUGGAUUCUCGAAGCAGCUGGGGUGGAUGAGAAAUGUCUGGAGGCUUCCAGAUGAGACCGUAUUGCGCACGAAUGGCCUCGACGGGUACCUAUUCCUUCGGUACAUUCGUCAAUCGAUGAUGCUAUGCUUUGUAGGCGUGCUCAUGACGUUCAUACUGUUUCCGAUCAAUGCGACGGGAAACGCGGGCCAGGCAGGGCUGGACCUGCUCAGUCUGAGCAACCUGGGGAAAUCGAACGAUAAGCGUCUCUACGCGCACGUCCUAGUGAGCUACAUCUACUUCAGCUUCGUGCUGUUCGUCGUGUACCGCGAAUUGAUAUUCUACGUUGCGAUCCGGCAGGCAUACAUGCACAGCGACAUGUACGCGCCGCGAUCGUCGGCGCGCACGAUUCUGAUCACGGCGAUACCCGUGAAGUUCCGCAGCGAGCAGGCGUUGAAGGCCGUCUUUGGCGAGACCGUCGAGCAUGUCCGCGUCAACAGGAAGAAUCCAAAGCUGGAUAAGCUGCUUAAGAGAAGGAACUAUACCGCCAUGAAGCUGGAGGAGGCGGAGGUCGCAUUGAUCAGGCGGAGUUGCCACCGCGAACUGAGGAUAGCUCGCUGGGGGAUCAGUGAGGACGGGGGGAGUCUGUUCAAGAGGUGGUUUACCAGGUUGAAGCGACCGACGCAUCGGGUCAGGUGGGGGAAGAAGGUGGAUACUAUCGAGUGGUGUCGGGCAGAACUGGCGAAGUUGAACGGGCGAGUGAGCGGGCUUCAGGAAUUGCAGCGGUCAGGAGAUAGUGGUGAAGUGUGCAACUCGGCCUUCGUCUCGUUCACCAGCCAAUCCAAUGCACAACGUGCUCUCCGGGUCGUGAUCCACGACUUGACAAUCCAGAUGGCCCCCCGCAGCAUCGGAGUAUCGCCCAGCGAAGUGGUCUGGGAGAAUCUCAACACCGGCUGGUUCGAGCGCCAGAUCAGAGUCGUCCUCACGACGGCGUUCUUCGCGUUCAUGACAAUGUUCUGGUCAAUACCUAAUGCCUUCGUUGGAACACUAUCGCAGCUCGAAUACCUCGCCACAUAUCUUCCCUUUCUGGAAAUCAUUCAGUAUCUGCCAGAUUUCAUUGUUGGUGCGAUUACGGGUUUGCUACCGCCGCUGCUGCUGUCACUACUAUUGGAGCUGGUGCCGACUAUCUUGAGAUGGCUUAUUACACUCUCCGGGGAAGCCUCAAGACCUAGCAUAGAACUCAAGCUGCAGAGUUGGUACUUCAUCUUCCUCGUCAUUCAGGUCUUCCUGGUCACGACCAUCACCUCGGCUGCCUCAGCAGCCGCCACACAGAUCAUCAAAGAUCCUACAUCCAUUACUGGUCUGCUGGCCGAGAACCUCCCAAAGGCGUCCAACUUUUAUAUCUCCUACAUGCUGCUACAAGGACUCUCCGUCUCCUCCAGCAUCGUCCUCCAACUAGCCACCUUGAUCUUCUACAAGAUCCUCGGCUACUUCGACAACACGCCGCGCAAGACCUGGCGGCGCUGGUCCUCCCUAGUUGACCCGGGCAUGGGCAGUCUCUUCCCCUUCUACUCGAACCUGGUAGUCGUAAGCCUGACCUACUCGAUCAUCGCGCCUCUCGUCCUCCUCUUCGCCACGCCAGGCCUGGGGCUAGUCUACCUCGCCUACCGCUACAACUUCCUAUUCGUGUACAACACCAAGGUGGACACGAAAGGGCUCGCCUACCCACGGGCAUGGAAGCAGACGCUGGUGGGCGUGUACCUGUGCCAGGGCUGUCUCGCAGGUCUUUUCGCGCUCAAGGCACAAAUCGGGCCUGUCAUCCUGGAGCUAAUCCUCAUCGCGAUCACGGUGGCGUUCCAGAAGUCGCUCACGGCGAACGUCACCACGCUGCUGGAGCACCUUCCCGACGUCCCCGCCGCCAGCCACGGCGACCUCGAGGCCGACCCCAUGUUCGCCCCAACCACGGGCGAGAAAGAAAAAAGCGUCAUCGCCUUCGCCGAGCGCACGCUCAGCAGCUUCUCAAAGACCUCUAGCGCGACCCUGCCCCUUUCCCGACACGGCGGCGGUACGGGCACAUGGGGCCGCCUCCUCCGCCCAGAGCUCUAUCUCGACCACCGCGUGCUCGAAAAGCUCGUGCCGCGCCUUGACGGCCCGCCGCCGCAGCUGCAGUUCGACGAGGACGUGUAUCAGCACCCCUCUGUUACCGCGCCGCAGCCCGUCAUAUGGGUGCCGAGGGAUCAAGCGGGAGUCGCGGAAAGGGAGAUGGAGAUGACGAGGAAGGUACAUCCGAUUAGUGAUGCGGGACUCGCGUUGGACAAGGAUGGUGGGUUCGUGCUGGAUAUGGAUCACGUUGUGCCGCCGGAUUGGGAGGCGGAGGAGUUGUGGGCUGUGUAAACUCUGGAGUGGGAUUGGCAGUAUGAUGCGUAAAGGCGGUGUAUUUUAGACAUUUUGGGCGUGCAUGCGGGUGGGAUUUGUGCAUACUGUAUACUGUAUAGGUACCUAAAAUGGUAACGAGUUUCGUUUGUG